UUGAUUGGCUGGAGCCUCCGUCAUUUAGUGCUGCGGCUCCCAGGCAAACAAACAUGGAGGCCAUCUUCCAUGAGAGGCAAGAAGGGUCCCUGUGUGCCCAGCACUGUUUGAAUAAUUUGCUGCAAGGAGAGUAUUUCAGUCCUGUAGAACUGUCCUCUAUUGCACAACAGCUGGAUGAAGAAGAGAGAAUAAGGAUGGCAGAAGGAGGACUUUCUAGUGAAGAAUAUAGGACAUUUUUACAGCAGCCUUCUGGAAAUAUGGAUGACAGUGGCUUCUUCUCGAUUCAAGUUAUAAGCAAUGCCUUGAAAGUUUGGGGUUUAGAACUAAUCCUCUUCAACAGCCCAGAGUAUCAGAGGCUCGGAAUCGACCCUAUAAAUGAAAGAUCUUUUAUUUGUAACUAUAAAGAACACUGGUUUACAGUUCGAAAAUUAGGAAAACAGUGGUUCAACUUGAACUCUCUCUUGACGGGUCCAGAACUAAUAUCUGAUACUUAUCUUGCACUUUUCCUGGCCCAGUUACAACAAGAAGGUUAUUCAAUAUUUGUUGUAAAAGGUGACUUACCAGAUUGUGAGGCUGAUCAGUUAUUGCAGAUGAUUCGGGUGCAGCAAAUUCAGCGACCAAAACUGAUUGGGGAAGAGACUUUGCAAUCAAAAGAUCAGAGGGUACAAAAACCAGACGUAGAACAAGCACUAGAUGUUAACCAACCCUUUGAUGGUACACCCAUGUUAGAUGAAGAUGAAGAAAAUUUGCAAAAAGCACUUGCUCUCAGCAGGCAUGACAUUGAUAUGGAGGAUGAAGAAGCUGAUCUCCGUAGAGCCAUUCAACUUAGUAUGCAAGGAGGCCCUCGAACUGACUUUCCAGAGUCUUGCACACAGAACGUUCCACACUCCUCUGGAACAAACCCUUCUGAAUCUCUUACAUCAGAAGAACUGAGACAAAGAAGACAGGCCUAUUUUGAAAAACAGCAACAGUUACAUCAGCAAGUUCAGAAUCCAGAACUUCAUGACGCACCAGUUACAAGUCCAAAUGCACUAGUUACAGAUCCAGGAGGUGAUAUGAGUGAAGAUGAUAUGCUUCAAGCAGCCAUGAAUAUGUCCUUGGAAACUGUUAGAAAUAGCAUGAAUGCUGAAGAAAAGAAAUGACAAAAAAUGCCUAUUUUUAUUAUCUUGAACACUAAAUCCUGUAUUACCAGUAAUCUAGUGCAGGUGGUAUGAAAGUAGGGUUCAUUUCACUGAUGUACCAAAGCAGGAUACAGUCCUGAAAUCCUUGGGAUUCAUGAUCAGAAAUAAAAGACAGCCUUCAUGUAACACAAAUAAGAUAUUACCAGUUAAAGGUUUUAGCUUUGACCAUAUGACUAGUUCUAAUAAAAUUGGUAGGGAUUCCUCAUCUCAGUAAAGAGGUACCCCUGUGUCUUUAAAUCUAAUCCAGUAUUUUUCCACCCUGUAAACAUUCACAAUAUCUUUACAAUAUUGGCAAAUAAUUGCAAAGUACCACAGCCUCACUUAGUUAUGAUGCUAUGCUCUUAUGAAUUUCUUUUUCUCAGAGCAAUAUUAUCUAUGCACAGUUACAGAAGUUGUGUGCUGUCAAGUCAUUUCUGACUUAUGACAGUCCUAAGGUGAACCCAUCACAGGGUUUUCUUGGCAAGAUUUGUUCAAAGGGGGUUACCUUUCUCUGAGGUUGAGAGAGUGACUUGCCCAG